AUGGCUGCUUUUGCUUCUGCUUCUUCUUCCCAAGUUUCCUCUAGAAAGUAUGAAGUCUUCAUCAGCUUUAGAGGAACAGACGUCAGAUCUAGUUUCCUUUGCCAUUUGAAAAACGAGUUGCUUCGAAAGAAGAUAGAUGUCUACGUGGAUGACAGGCUCGAAAGAGGAGAAGAAAUAUCAUUAGCACUUGUAGAAGCAAUAGAAGGAUCCAUGAUAGCGUUGGUUAUAUUCUCAAAAAAUUAUGCUUCUUCAAAGUGGUGCUUGGAAGAGCUUGUCAAAAUCAUAGAAUGUAAGGAAGCUGGUCAGCAGAUUGUGAUACCAAUUUUCUACCACGUAGAUCCAUCAGAUGUCAGGCACCAAAGAGGCACUUAUGAGGAGGCAUUCACUUGUCAUGAACAGAAGCUCAAGGAUAAAGUGCAAAAUUUGCAAAUUUGGAGAUCUGUUUUGAAAAAAACUGCAAACUUAGCUGGUUUUCAUUCAUCAAAUUUUCAAGAUGAAUCUAAACUCAUCAAUGCAAUAGUUGAAGAUGUCCUAAAAAAUUUGGAAGAUCACAGUCCAACUGUGUCGAGAUCUCAACUCAUUGGAUUUCAUCAAAAUUUGACUAGUGUUGAAUCAUUAAUGGAAAAUGAGUCGCCAGAGGUUCGAGCUCUUGGAAUCUGGGGCCUAGGAGGGAUAGGCAAAACAACCCUUGCUCGUGCUAUAUUUGAAAAAUUCUUGUCUAAAUUUGAAGAAAAAAAAGUGUUAAUUGUACUUGAUGAUGUGGACAAUCCAAAGCAGCUAAAAGACCUGGCUGGACAACAACUUUACUUGGGACAGGGAAGCAGAGUCAUUGCAACAAGUAGAGACAAGCAUGUUCUUAGGAGUGGAGGGAUUCAGGAAAAAUAUAUACAUGAAGUCAGUGAAUUGAGUUUAGAAGAAUCACUUGAACUUUUCAGUAUACAUGCCUUCAAUCAAAAUUAUCCCAUUAAGGGAUAUGAAGAGCUAUCAAAUUCAACAGUUGCCUUGGCUAGAGGCAUUCCUUUAGCUUUAGAAGUUCUGGGUUCCCAUUUUCAUUCUAGGGAUGAAGCAUAUUGGAAAAGUGAGCUUAGCAAACUCCAAAAGUAUCCCCAUCAGGAUAUUCAAAAUAUAUUGAAGGUGAGUUAUGAUGGGUUAGAUAAUAUGGACAAGCAAAUAUUAUUAGACAUUGCAUUCUUUUUCGUGGGAGAACAGAAAGGUGAAGUUAUUCCUCCACUAGAGGCUUGUGGUUUCAGAGCAGUUAGUGGAAUACAAAAUCUUAUAGAUAAAGCUCUCGUGAAGUUAGGUGAGCUUGACCAUAUUAUAAUGCAUGAUUUGAUACGAGAAAUGGCUGAGCAAAUAGUUCGUGAGGAAUGUGUGAACCAUCCUGAAUUACGUAGUCGAUUAAAUGAUGCAGAUGAAAUAUGUGAUGUGUUAAAAGAUAACAAGUCUUUGCCAUUGGACUUUUGUCCUGAAAACCUUGUUGAACUACGAAUGAAUGGAAGCAAUGUUACAAAGCUUUGGGAUGGAGUGAAGGAUCUUGUGAAUCUAAGGACAAUAAAUUUGCGUCUAUGCCAUAAAUUGAUGGAAUUGCCUGAUUUUUCUAUGGCAUAUAAGCUUGAAAAUAUAGAUCUCUCUGAUUGUUCAAGUUUGAGGAGUGUUCAUCCAUCCAUUUUAUCUCUCCACACUCUUGUUAAAUUGGAUGUAGAUUAUUGCCAUGAAUUAGAGAGUCUUGAAAGUGAGACUCAUUUAGAAUCUCUCUCCGAUCUCCAAGCUAGCGGAUGUGGCCUCAAGAAAUUUUGUUUGUCAUCAAAUAAAUUGGAAAGCAUAUAUCUUCGAGAAACUAGACUUGAAAUAUUGGAUUUGCCAAUCGGACGUUUCACAAAGCUUAGAAGUCUUUUAAUUCUUCACGGUGAAAGAUUGAGGAGUCUUCCAAUAAAGGAGCUGUGUUGCUUGACAAAUCUUAAGGAGUUUCAGGUUCGUGAUUUCAAGCAGGAAAUUCACACAGAGGAGCUGCGCUCCCUUUUUAAUGCUUGGCAUAAUUUGGAAAAACUAUGUUUGGAUGGAUGGAGUUACUUGUCAGAAAUCCCUGACGAUAUCAAGUACUUAACAAGGUUACAUUAUUUGUCAUUGGAACAUAGUGGUGUAGAGACAUUGCCACCUUGCGUCAGCCAUCUUUCAAGCUUGACAAGCAUUUACCUAUUUGGCUGCGAAAGGCUUAAGUCGAUACUUGGACUUCCUCCCAUGCUUAAAGCAUUAGAUGCCAAUGAUUGCACUUUAUUGGAGACUGUAUCCUCUGACUCUCUAGUUUGCAAUCCGUGUUGGUUUCAAUUCAAAAAUUGUGUAAAGUUGGAUGAGUGUUCGCUUGGCUCUAUUGAGGAAUUAACUCAUUUCUCACUGACUUCAGCUUGUAAGGAUGAUAUUAGGGGUGCUACAGCUUGUUACCCAGGAAACAGAGUUCCAAAGUGGAUGAAAUAUAAACAAAUGACAGAGGCUUCCAAUACUAUCCAAUUCACUUGCAAUCUUGAACGAGCAAUUGGCAUAUUGUUUUGUUGUGUUGCUCCUCAUCGUCAUCUCAGAUCACCGGGACAGGACCCUCUCGUCACCUGUUAUAUCACUUGCGAUGAUAUUGUGACCGAGUCCUUGCCUUGUAAUAAACCUCUUUAUGAAUUGGAUUCAGACCAUGUUUUUAUAUGGCCCAGGAAGGGGUUCCCAUUUGGUACUGGAACAGGUGAUGAUGUUAAGAUUUCAUGUGAAUUCUUUCUGGAAUGGCGGGAUCAUGGAAAGAUGUAUCGCAACCACAAAGUCCCUAUUGAAGCAUGUGGAGUACACGUAAUAUAUGACUCGGAGUCGGAGCCUGGGUCGGGUCAAAAAAGAAAGAGGGUUGCUGAUAUAGUUGUUGAAGAUGGAGUCCCUCCCACAAAGCGGCUCAACAAUUCUUGGAUCUCUCAACCUACUCCCCUGGGACUGGCAUUGCAGUUGGGGUUGGCUACUACUAAAUCCAACAAAUCUCAUGAUAACUUCAUCUGUCACCCACUGCAACUCAAAUUUAUGCGCAAGAAGAAACAAGAGGACCCUUUGCAGCUCAAGUUAAAUAUAAAUUCUGACUGCUCCAGGGAUGACGACAUCAGUUCCAGAGCAGAAUUUGGUGCUUCCUACCUUAAGCUUGCAGGAGGGCUUUUUGCUGAUCAGUGA